UGGAAUGAAGUGGACCUCGGGAUUCCUGGCGUGCUGCGGAGUUGUGACUGAUGGAUGAAUGUGGUCAUCUGUAGGCUAUAAACGGCGACAGGUACACGCACCACCGAGGGCAGCUCUGACAAAGACGCGGCGCGGCGCUCCACCGACAGCCGCAUCGCCAGAUUUUGGCAAAACUGCGCGAUUGGUCAGAUCCGCUCCACGCAUAGGGAUCGCUGAGUUUUGUCCACAGAGUGAAAGAAAAGGUCGUGUUUUUUCUUUCUACUGCCUCAGCCACAGGUCAACCAGGACACUCGGUGGGCUGCUGCUGCUGCUUUCCUCCAAAUCCUAUCAAGAACCGGGGCUCCUUCGCACGGCAGUUCAGUUAAGGACACGGGGUCUGGAGCAGAUCUAAAGAAGUCGAACACAAGGACAUGUAUCUGAUAUCGACCUCACAUGCUCCCGACUGAUCGUAGCUCACCUUCCCACCGGGCGAACCGCAGAUAAAGGUUGCCAAGCGCACCGUCCGUAGCUCUAGAGUUCUCGGCUCACUCGUCUUGUGCAUUUAUCAGAAUGGCGGGACUCGGUUGUUGGAAGUAUUACCUCUGGAUCUUUACAAUAAUGUGCAGGUCGGCGUUACCCUCGGCUAAGUCGCUGGAGACUAUAAUCUGGAGCUCGCAGAAUCCCAAGUUUGUGGCUGGAAAAGGCCUGGUGAUUUACCCCGACAUCGGGGACAAGCUGGAUAUCAUCUGUCCCAAAGCGGACCAAGGGAGAGACUACGAAUACUACAAGUUGUAUCUGGUGAAGAGGGAGCAGGCGGAGAGCUGCAGUACAGUCCUCGAUCCUAACGUCCUGGUCAACUGUAACAAACCCGAGAAGGACAUCAAGUUCACCAUCAAAUUCCAGGAGUUCAGCCCCAACUACAUGGGCUUGGAGUUCAAGAGGAACGUCAACUACUACAUCACCUCAACCUCCAACGGUACAGUCGAGGGCCUCGAGAACCGGGAGGGAGGCGUGUGCAAGAGCCGAGCCAUGAAAGUCAUCAUGAAAGUCGGGCAAGUUCCAAAUGCAAACCCUGCCGUGCCGGAGGUUCCAGGCAACACCAUACCCGAGUCCAGUCCCAGUCUGCCUGACCAGGAUCGGCCGGGAGCAGAGAUACCAGGAAACACUGACCACAUGAAUCAGGACCAGUCCGGGUCUUCAGAUUCAGAGGGCAUCCUCAGGUCCAAAGCGGCCCUGUUCUCCGUCAUCGGGGUCGGCUGCAUCAUCUUCCUCCUGCUCAUCCUCCUCCUCGUUAUCCUCCUCAUUAAGAUGCGCAAGCGGGCCAGGAAAAACGCCCACUCGCAGCCCCGCCCCUCCGCGCUGUCCCUCAGCACCCUGUCCAACCCCAAGCUGCCAGGGGGCACGGCUGGGACGGAGCCCAGCGACAUCAUCAUUCCGCUGCGGACAGAGAACAACUACUGCCCUCACUAUGAGAAGGUGAGCGGCGACUAUGGCCACCCGGUCUACAUCGUCCAGGAGAUGCCGCCGCAGAGCCCCGCCAACAUCUACUACAAAGUCUGACGCGCUUUUGCGCAGCCGGCGUCGCGGUCAGGAGAUAGAAAGAGAGAGAGAGAAGGAAAAAAAAGAGAGGAGCGCUUGACUUAUGUUCGUGGGAAGGACACUUUCCUUUUGCAUUUUCGGGGAACUUGUUUCUUCAAGCCCGUGUUAUUUCUACCACCUGCUGCACAAAUCUGGAGAACCGUGCACUGACCAGUAACCAGCGGGGUUAGGAGCUGACGGAUGAGAGACAGAGGUUUAUUCUGUUUGUUUGGCUUGCCUGACAAUCCCCACCUUCUUCCCUCCUCCUCCUCCCCCCCACUUUGCCUCACCUCCCACCUCCCGUACCGUUCUCCCAGCUGUGUUCUGACCGCGAGGAGGGUGGGUUGCGGGGGGGGGGAGACACCAACAGAUGGAACUCAAACUUCGUCGUUCGCUGUCCCUUUGUGGGGACGGGAUAUAACUUAUCUCAGUUCCCCAAAGUCUGCUCUACACCCAAUUAAACACACCACCCUAGCACACUAAGGCAGGAGCAGGCAGACGCAGGCCCGAACACCGCUCGGCCUGCAGUUUGUGUGCAAGUGUUGGAAAAAAACAAACUACAAAACAAACGUGUGUGUUUGUGUGUGUGUGUGUGUGUAUGCGUGCAUUUCUGUGCAUGUGUGCGCGCGCGUGUGUGUUAGUCGGGGCUCCGUGCUGGGCCAGGAAACUCUCCAGAUAGCUCAGGUAUCAGACACAGUGUGUGAAAUAAUGUGUUCCUCUCCCUUCGCACCUCUGAUGUUUGCCUUACUAUUUUUGAUGGAGGAUUUCCUUGAACCCCGAUUCAGUUCACAAAGCAGUUGUAUUUUGUUAGACUUUUCCUACAAGUGCACAAUGUAUAGAGUUACAUAGAGCACCAUUAUUGCUCCAUCUUCUCAUCACCCAUAUCAUCCACUGCUCCCAUUUUUUUUCUUUUUUUCUUUUCCUUCCCCGUAAGGAAAUACCUUGACCUGGACUGCUGAUGUCAAGGUGUGUAUGUGUGAGUAUGUAUGUUUCCAGGAAUACUCCUAUCUCUGCUGGCCUGAUAUGAGCUUUACCAUUACAACUUCUCUGUGUGUGUGUUUUAUCAGGGCGUGUCUUCCAUUAGUGUGUUUGGACAUGUCCAGACCCGUUUGGUGUCUGAGAAGCCUUAUUGGCUUAGAGGUAGAACACUAGGUUACUGUUGCAAGCUUCAAAAAUGACACACACAGACAGAACGACGCGCCUGCAGAGAGACAAGCCCGAGCUCUUGCAAAACCCUUUCAGUGCUCCAGUUGGCACUGAUCUUUACUGUGUCUGAUGAGCUUUCAGGGCGAUUGUUUUUAAGACAGCAGGCAGGUUGAUAUUUGUUUAUUCUAGCUUUUGGAGCCACAGUGUAAGCAUCAAACAAUUUCAUGCUCGCUGCCUGGGCAAGGUGGGCGUAGGCUGGCACUGAUUGGCUGGCCUACAUAGGUAGGAUGCCCUAUAUAUAAGUUGGAUGGAGAGCUACAGCUGAACACAGAGCUACAGUAUUAUCAGAUGCCAAUUGGCUGCCAUCUGUGGAUGAGUCAGUGGAGUGCACAGUUAGCGGUGUCGCCAGCGUGUGACUAAUCUGUGUGCCAUCUCCAUGCCCACACUCACCAGCCGGGGAGCAGAGAGAGUGAGAGCGGCGGCUAGAAGAGAAAAUGUUCCUGUGACUUGGCUUUAACCUGCGAGGGUGAUGGCGGUGGGAACGAGGGGGUGACGGGUGAGGCGGAGGUAGCUUUUUUAGCGUUCACCCCCCUCCAUCCUCUCGCCAGUUGUGCUGUGAAUAAAAAUGCUGCGCAAAUUAUUCCACAGUCAAGGUGUUCAGCCAGCGAGGACACUGCAGACCAGCUAUCACACAGCCCAGGGCAGCGGCACCGAAACAGGAUUUACUGCUGCUGGAUGUGUGUGUGCACGCAGAGGCUCGCUGCGUGAACGUGUAGGUGCUCAUAUGUGUGAGUGCUUAUUUGUGCUUAUAUUUGCAGUUUAUUUCUGUACGUAUGCGCACAUGUGUGAGUGUGUGUAAGUGUACCCUUCUGUGGUCCAGCCUCUGAACAGACCUUUUUUUUUUGGGGGGGGGGGGGGGGGGG